UGGAUCCGUUCAACGAGCAGUUUGAUCCAGCAUCCUGUUUCCAAGAGUGCUCCUCUGGAUAUAGCUCAGAGUAUGAAAAUGACCUCAGGAUCUGGCCGUUUUAUUUAGGUUUUAAGGGGAAGAGACAUUCAUCUGUGGAGUCCUUGGUGCUCUCUGAGCCUUGUAGUUUUCUUGCAGAUGUUUCAUUGCCAGACUAGGCAACAUCUUCAGUAUGAAAAAAAAAUCUGAUGAAUUUGCCUUUUUGAAAAUCUAUGCCAUCACUUUUUUUUUGCUAUUGUACAUCUACUUCCAUAUGCACGAGUGCUUGUAUUUUAGACUGAAGAUAGCACUAAUGCUAACAUUGGCAAGCAAACUGAAACGGGAUGAUGGUGUUAAGGGCUCCCGGACUUCCAACCCCACUUCUGAUUCUACUCGAAGAGUAUCAGUUAGAGAUAAAUUGCUUGUUAAAGAAGUUGCAGAACUUGAAGUAAAUUUACCUUGUACAUGUGAAGUGAACUUUCCUGACCCAAAUAAACUCCAUUUCUUUCUCCUAAUCAUAAACCCAGAUGAAGGCUAUUAUCAAAAUGGAUCAUUUCAGUUUGAAAUAGAGGUUCCUGAUGCCUAUAAUAUGGUUCCUCCAAAAGUAAGGUGUUUGACAAGAAUCUGGCAUCCAAAUAUAACUGAGACAGGGGAGAUCUGUUUGAGUUUAUUGAGAGAACAUUCUAUUGAUGGCACUGGCUGGGCUCCAACUAGAACCUUAAAGGAUGUUGUUUGGGGAUUAAACUCUUUAUUUACUGAUCUCUUGAAUUUUGAUGAUCCUUUAAAUAUUGAAGCUGCAGAACAUCAUUUACGUGACAAGGAGGACUUUCGAACUAAAGUUGAAGAUUACAUUAAACGCUAUGCAAGAUGAUGAUGGGAGAUGGAUAGCAAGACCAUGAACUGCACCUUGAUAUGUCCUGAAACCACCAAAAAAGAGGGGGCUUUUGUCUUGUGUUCAUGUUGUUCUGAUGAAGAAAACAAGCCUCUUCUCUAUGUUAAAUGAAAAGUUCAUCAAUACAGCAAGAAAAUGAUGUAUGUUGGUUGAAAAAAGUUGUUUGCUUAACUUUCAACAAUCUGUUCUAAAAUUGUACCAUAUGUCCAGAAUUGAGAUCUACUUGAGACUAAAGAAAAACCACUAUUAAGAUCAUUUAUUCAUUUUAAAAUUUUCUUAAUAGCUAGUAUGGAAUAUUUAAGUAUGGCAAUAAAUAAAAGUGGGCCAGAAUUGAAAUAAGUCAUGCUUUGGAUUGAGUGCAUACAUCUGCUCUAUCUACUGUUGAAAUGCUGUUAAAUUUGAAAUUGCUGAUAUUGGUUCAUCUUUUAACUACACUGUUUUAAAUUUGCAUUUAUUGUGCAAAGGGCUUACUGAAACCAAGACUGAGUCUGAACACAUAUAAAUGCAGUGUAUUUCUUUAAAAAAAUAACUAUUUUACACGCAAAUGUAAAGAAAGGUAUAAUGGUUUUAAAUACCUUUAGAUUCUGAUGUGGAGCAUUGAUAUUUCAGGCCAUUAGAAAACAAAGUAAUCUUAACUUUCUUGGUACCAAAGCUUUAAAAGCUAAUCUUCCAGAUCAAAUUAAUGCUUACUACAACUUAACUGUAACACUGUCAGAAGCCAAAUCUUUCAGGAUAAGCACAGUAUAUGAAGAACUUUGAAUAUAACUAGCUCUAUCUCACAUAAAGUAUGUAUGAACUGCAAAAUCCCAUUUGGGUUGAGGGUACACUGUCCAGGUCUAUUUAUAAGCAGAUGCCACACACAAUGUAUAUUUAAUAUUUUAUCUGGAUUUUUUUUGACACAAUGACCAUUCAAAACAGAGCCAUACCCCUCAAUUUUAUUUAAGGUUAAUUAAAUUACUGCCAAAGCCAGAGAUGAAUAAAUGUUUGUGUAGUUUCAUACACAUUGUGUGCAUAAUAUUUCUGCCUCAACAACUUCCUUUUUUUGUAUAGAAGAAUCUAAUUUACUUUAUUAGGUGCUUCUGUGAGUUCCCAGACAGUAAACCUUCAAUUUAAUGGUCUCAUUGGGAGAAAGGGGUGUCUAUAAAAGCAGAAUGUCUGUUAAAUCUGAGUAAAAUUUUGCCUAUGCAUAUUUUAUGUAUUUUAAACAAAUGUAAAAUUGGAAUGGGAUUUUAUGCAUGUGUAGAAUGGUGAAUGAGAUUUUAUGCAUGUUCAGAUUUUGAUCAUUGCAUCUGAAGUCUGCUAAAUCAGUCUAUUAAAUCAAAGGUUUACUAUAUCAUAAUACUUUAAACUUUGAUAGUGAAUUCAUUAUAACUACACCUCAGUGGAAUCUAUCAUCGGUGUAACGCUGUUCAAAACAAAGCACCUUGAGGUUCCAUUAGAAUGGGAAUAAAUUAAAUACAUGACUAAAUGUUUAUUGCAAUUGAUGGUGCUUAGAAAAUGCUUAACUUGUUCUAAUAGAAGUUUGUUUCAAAAUAAAAAUAUUUCUUUGAAGUGUGA